CCAGCCCGAGGGGCUGGAGAGGGGCGCCAAGGCGACCUCUGAAGCCCAGAUGGGGUCCAAGGCCAGGGGCUCCGCACCCCGGGACUUUCUAUGUGGCUGUUUAGCAAACCCGAGGAGCUGGGAGCUGGGAGCUGGGGCUUUGAAAGAAGCCCUGUUGCUCCAAAGCGCACAUCCAGGACUGAACUCUUGGGGGGCUGCGGACUUGCGCGAGAGAUUCGGGGAUGGAAUCUACCAGACCUUCACGAUGAUAGACGAGACCAGAUGUUCACCCUGUUCCAAUGUGCUGUGCGAUCCUUCUGAGCCGGCUGUGCCCAGGAGACUAAGUAUCAUGCCUGAGCAGUUACCAAGAGGAAACACCCAGCACUUCCUGAAUGGAGGGGACAUGAAGGUGGAGCAGCUGUUCCAGGAGUUUGGCAGCAGAAGGUCCGACACUCUGCAGUCAGAUGGCAGCAAGGACUCCGAAGAGUGCUCUCAUACCACAUCCCAGAGAAGUUCAGAUGGAGGAGGAGUUCACACAGGGAAAUGUGACGGUUCGACCAGAGCCCCCAAAGUAGUGCCUCUGACUCCAGAACAGGCGCUGAAGCAGUAUAAACACCACCUCACUGCCUACGAGAAGCUGGAGAUUGUUAACUACCCGGAAAUCUACUUUGUGGGUCCAAAUGCCAAGAAAAGACACGGGGUGAUCGGCGGGCCCAAUAACGGGGGGUAUGAUGACGCGGACGGGGCCUAUAUUCAUGUCCCUCGAGACCAUCUAGCUUAUCGAUAUGAGGUGCUAAAAGUUAUUGGCAAGGGAAGUUUCGGGCAGGUAGCCCGCGUCUAUGAUCACAAGCUCCGCCAGUACGUGGCGCUGAAAAUGGUGCGGAAUGAAAAGCGCUUCCAUCGCCAAGCAGCGGAGGAGAUCCGGAUCUUGGAGCAUCUUAAAAAGCAAGAUAAAACUGGUAGCAUGAAUGUGAUUCACAUACUGGAGAGUUUCACCUUCCGGAACCACGUCUGCAUGGCCUUCGAGUUACUGAGCAUAGACCUCUAUGAGCUCAUUAAAAAAAACAAGUUUCAGGGUUUCAGCGUCCAGUUGGUACGCAAGUUUGCUCAGUCGAUCCUGCAGUCCCUGGACGCCCUCCAUAAAAACAAGAUCAUUCACUGCGACCUGAAGCCAGAGAACAUCCUCCUGAAGCACCACGGGCGCAGCGCGACCAAGGUCAUUGACUUCGGGUCCAGCUGUUUUGAGUACCAGAAGCUCUACACGUACAUCCAGUCUCGUUUCUACAGAGCCCCCGAGAUCAUCUUGGGGUGCCGCUACAGCACGCCCAUCGACAUCUGGAGUUUCGGCUGCAUCCUGGCAGAACUUCUCACGGGGCAGCCGCUCUUCCCUGGGGACGAUGAAGGCGACCAGCUGGCCUGCAUGAUGGAGCUCCUGGGGAUGCCGCCGCCCAAGCUGCUGGAGCAGUCCAAGCGUGCCAAGUACUUCCUUAACUCCAAGGGGCUGCCGCGCUACUGCUCCGUGACCACACAGGCAGAUGGCAAGGUGGUGCUGGUGGGGGGUCGCUCGCGCAGGGGUAAGAAGCGGGGUCCCCCGGGCAGCAAAGACUGGGCUACCGCCCUGAAAGGCUGCGACGACUCCUUGUUUAUAGAGUUCCUGAAGCGAUGCCUGCAGUGGGACCCCGCCGCCCGGCUGACCCCAGCCCAGGCGCUAAGACACCCAUGGGUCAGCAAGUUGGCGCCCCGGCCUCUCCACGCCGACAAGGGCUCAGGGAAGCGGGCAGGUAACCCCGCACAUGCUCUGCAGGGACUGGGAACCAAGCUGCCUCCAGUCGUGGGAAUAGCCACUAAGCUGAGAGCCAACCUCACGUCGGAGGCCAGGGACGGUGUGCCCCUGCGCAGUGUGCUGCCAAAACUGAUUAACUAGCGGAGCGUCGGAGACCCAGGUGUAUGUAUUUUUAAUUACCUUGAAAACCUGCAAAUGGAAAAAUCGCAAGCCAUUGGUGGAUAUGUUUUGUUAGACUGGAUUUCUUGUUUUUUUUUUAACCAGGCAAACAUUUUUAUAUGACUAUGAGAGAACCCUUCAAGAGCUAAUCACCUAGCCAGCUUGUAUUGGCCAUCUGGAAUACACAUUAAAUGACUUUUUC